GUGAGGCAGCCUGAGGGAGCAAGGUCACCUCAGGAUCUGGCUCUAGCCCUAAGGUUCUUCAGGUGCUGUGCCCAGAGCCUGAACCUGGGCAGUCCAGCCAAGCCAAGGGAUGUGGUCCCUAGUGCUCACAGGCAUCACUGGAGACUCAGGCACCCCUGCCACUCCAGGGAGCCUGCGAGGGCAGCUGGAUGAGUAGGGUGGCGGGACAGGGCCAUCACCGCUGCUGGAGCCUCACAGUGGGGUUUGGCAGUGGUUUGCCAGGGAGGUUUCUUCUUUCAUCACCCCAGAGGAUAAAUCCAUGGUAUGGGACCUCCCAGCACUUACGAGAAGCCUGGCACUGAGCAUCAUAGGGGACAGAUACUGGAUCAGGCAGCCUCCAAAACCCUGUCUUCCCCACCCCAUAUCAUCUGAAAGUCAUCUCUGCAGCUCCCUGCCAGCCCUGCUUGGCUGCCAGACUUCCCAUGCCACAACCUCUAGCCUCCUCCAAAAAGAUUCCGAGGGCCACCCACCUGCACUAGCCAGCACCUUCUCAAAAGCCCAAGGACCAGGACAGCCCUCAGCCCAGCCCUCUGAUGGCAGCAGGGGCUGUCCCUUAGCUCAGCCCGACUCCCCCAGCUGCCCCCAAUCCCAGCUGGCAAGGGGGCACCCUGAACAAGACACGUUUAUUCAGUGUACUUGUAUCCACCCAUCCCAAAGGGCGAGAGGGGCCCGAAGGUGGCCGCCAGGAUAUUUACCCAGUGCUUGGCUGCCUGACACUGUGUCUUCUCUUCGGAGCUGGCCCGGCAUCAGGGAGCCUCCUGGGACAAAAAGGAAAUUGAUCCUGCAGGAUGCACCCACCCUCUUCUGGCUGACAAGAACACUGCACACCUGCCCUUCUCUGGGGUGUCCUCUUCUCCCUCUGCCCUCCUUGGGCAUGGCCCUGGCCCCACUGGUCAGCCUCCAGAGCCCCAGAUCUCCUGCUCUGACCAGGGAGAAGUGCCUGUGCCCCUGCCCCACAGCCAGCCAGGAAUCUGGGGCAGCCAGCCCCUGCCCUAGCCUCACACCAGGAGCAGGCACUCCUCCCUGGCCACUGGGAAAAAAAUCACAUAUUAUUAGACAGUAUAUUCAGAGCUUGACUGCUGAGCACACUUCCAUAAGAAUAAACACUGUUGAUUACGUUUUAUUGCAAAACUUAAAAAGCACAAAUAAAACCCCAUCUCCCACAGCCUGUCUGUAGCCCUUUGUAUUCUGUGUCAUUAGCAUCUUCCCAGAGAGUGUUCACACAUACAUGGCCAUAGUGCUCACUGCUCCCAGUGUUUUCUCCAGAAGUACAAGUAACUCCUCUGCCUCCCACAGUCAGCUGUCUGAGCAAGCUGACCCCUCCCAGCCCAGCAAUAACCCCAUUGCAGACACCCUCACAAACACCCACAGCUCUUGGGGUGCUACACAGCCCCCCUCUCCAAUGUUACACCCGCUCCACUGCCCCCACUAACUGCUCAGCCCUCUGCACACCAGUCCCCUGCACACCCAGCACAAGCCAGACAUCCUCAUCAGCAAAUGCCAAGCUCAGCUUUUCUCAAUUUCCAUCUGGAGUUUAUGAGCCCACAGCCAAGAUAGGUGUUUAGGCUGCUUACCCCAUAGAAGCUCCCACACUGGUGGGACAUAGAGCCUGUAGCAAGGUCUGGGCUCCAGCAACUUCUCAGACUGGUGGGUGUCACAGCCUGGUGGGCACUGGCCCCCCAGAUUCCCUGGCUUGGGGGAAGCUGCAGCUGGCUGGCAGCGACCCAGGCCAUGGCUGUUCCCAGCUGCACAGCAGCCAGGGUCACAUUCCUGGGAUAGCUGGGAGCUUUGCUGUUCACACAAGGAAAGGUCAUCGUUGUGCACACAGGCAGCUGGUGGGAUCACCACCCGGGGAGGGCAGGGGAAGGAGCAGCCGUGGGAGGCAGAGGAAGCUCAGUAGCUCCUGUCAGAGCUGAGGUGCUCUCUGGCCCCAGCCCAGCAGGAUCCAGCCCUGGCACAGCUGACAGGCAGCUGCACACAGCUCUGAGCAGGGGGCAAACAAGGCUACAGCAGGAGAGAUGAGAAUUCCAGUAAAACGUGGAGAGCUGGUGGCAUAGGAACACCAUUUCUC